AUGGGUCUUUCGGUCUCUCGUCUUCUCUCCGGCCUCUUUGGCAAGAAGGAGAUGCGUAUAUUGAUGGUCGGACUGGAUGCAGCCGGUAAAACGACCAUUCUCUACAAGCUGAAGCUCGGCGAGAUCGUGACGACCAUCCCGACAAUUGGCUUCAAUGUCGAGACUGUGGAGUAUAAGAACAUCUCGUUCACAGUAUGGGAUGUUGGAGGACAAGACAAGAUUCGCCCUCUCUGGCGGCAUUACUUCCAAAACACGCAGGGUAUCAUUUUCGUCGUUGACUCUAACGAUCGGGAGCGUGUUUCUGAGGCGCGAGAGGAGCUCCAGCGGAUGCUCAAUGAGGAUGAGCUCCGUGAUGCCCUGCUUCUUGUCUUCGCCAACAAGCAAGAUUUGCCCAACGCGAUGAGUGCCGCUGAGAUCACUGACAAGCUUGGUCUCCAUGGUCUCAGGCAGAGGACGUGGUUCAUCCAGGCGGCAUGUGCAACCAGCGGUGAUGGUCUGUACGAAGGUUUGGAGUGGCUCAGCGCGAACAUCAAGCGACGGGUGUAA